GUGUACCCGAGACGGCGGCUGAUGCUUCUUCACGUCGUCUUUUGUCGAUCGUCGAAUAUUCGCGGCAGACUUUUAGUGCUUGGGUAGAGAUUUUUGUGCGAAAAUAAUUGCAAAGUUUGUUGUAAAUCCAUUUAUUUGUACGCUCAAUUAAUCGCGAUCUUCCCAAGUGCUAGAAGAUAGUGAUUAUUUCUCCAAGUAGCACAGUUUCAGACCGGAAAAACUGCGUUAAAGGUGAGAAACGAUGACUCCAUUCAAGGCUCCACUUCCUAGAAGAUGGUGUUUUAUGACUGCUAAAAAGUGUAUCAUGGUAGAAGGCAUUUAAACUUUUGUGCAUUUCAAGUCAAAUAAAAAGGAACCUCUCACCAACCUUUACACGCACACAAAUACAGACAACCAUCGACGGAAUCAGUGCAAGGAAUAAGGCAAGAAACCACACUCGGCGGACGCUUUAGGUGUGACGGAACAGAGUCCCUCGCGGUUGACGGGUUCGGCAUCAGCGGAAUAAGAAUGCCAGAUUACAGCGAUUUGGAUCGUCAGAUAGAACAACUGAAGCGCUGCGAAAUCAUCAAAGAAAAUGAGGUGAAAGCCCUCUGUGCGAAGGCUCGAGAAAUUUUGGUUGAGGAAGGGAACGUACAACGGGUGGAUUCUCCGGUCACGGUUUGCGGCGACAUACACGGCCAAUUUUAUGAUCUGAAAGAACUGUUCAAAGUUGGAGGCGAUGUACCGGAAACGAACUAUCUGUUCAUGGGCGAUUUCGUGGAUCGCGGGUAUUACAGCGUGGAAACGUUUUUACUGCUGCUGGCUCUAAAGGUGCGUUAUCCGGACCGCAUCACGCUGAUUCGUGGCAACCACGAAUCACGUCAAAUCACACAAGUUUACGGCUUUUACGACGAAUGUCUCCGGAAGUAUGGCUCGGUAACGGUUUGGCGUUACUGUACGGAAAUCUUCGACUACUUGUCGCUUUCGGCGAUAAUCGAUGGGAAAAUCUUCUGCGUGCAUGGCGGCUUAUCGCCUUCGAUUCAGUAUUUAGACCAGAUCCGUUCUAUCGAUCGGAAACAGGAAGUACCGCAUGACGGUCCCAUGUGCGAUUUGUUGUGGAGUGACCCGGAAGAUACGCAUGGCUGGGGAGUCUCGCCUCGAGGAGCCGGUUAUUUGUUCGGGUCGGACGUUGUGUCGCAGUUCAAUGCAGCGAAUGAUAUCGACAUGAUCUGCAGAGCACAUCAGCUAGUUAUGGAAGGCUACAAGUGGCACUUUAAUGAAACGGUUUUGACUGUUUGGUCUGCACCUAACUACUGUUACCGAUGCGGUAACGUUGCAGCGAUUUUGGAAUUAAACGAAAACCUACAGCGCGACUUUACGAUUUUCGAAGCGGCUCCGCAAGAGAGCCGUGGAAUACCGUCGAAGAAACCACAGGCUGACUAUUUCUUAUAAAAGCGGACAAAAGCCUAACGGAGUACGAACAGCCAGCACCACCAUCAUAACGGUGGUCGACGAUAACGUAUUUUGAACGAACAUGGGGUUCCCUUCCCGGCCGCUACAUACUUAAUGAGGAACACGAAUUUCACAUGCCCCCCACCAUCUCUUCCACUCGGCGCGCCCAACAAUUGUUCUUUUAUGUUCAUUCUUCCGAUAGUCUGGAUUCUGUUCCUGUUCGACAUCCUUUUCCUACUACCAGGUAUGUAAUGAGUAGAAUUUUAUUAUUUUAUGCUGCAUUGUUCGAAUCAAUCCGCUUUCUAUUAGUUUUACUACCGCUAUCAGCUUUUUAUAAAUUAUCAUUUGUAGAAUAUAUCGAAGAUAAGUAUACCUGACUGUAAUAGAAAAAAGAUUAUUGUGUGUUAUUAUUAAAGAUACUCAAAUCUUAUCUCUGAUCAAGAUGAUGUGCUUUGUGUUAAGACAAAUCAAGGAUUGAGUUUAUUUUUUUGUUAGCUUCAUAUUAUUCCAUAACUGUAUGCAAUGGCGAAAUACGAUACAAAGGGCGUUUGUAAUUUCCGAAGCAGUUUGUAUAUCGAAGACUACAUUGCAAGGCAAGCAAGAACAGAAGAAACUUCGCGUAAUUUUUCUAGAAAAUAUCAGGAAAAUACUAACAACUACCCAAUACUGAUGACAGCUAGUAUUUAACACAGCUAGUAGAACUGAAAAGUAUUUUACUGAAAGCAUGAGAGAUAUGAAAAAACCCGAUCAAUGGUUAAAUCGGAUGAGUUUCUCACAAUUAAAACACACGCAAACACACCCAUGAAAAUCAAUCAGUUUCCGAUGUGCCUGUUGAACAACAUUUCGAAGAAACAUCGGAUUGUGGGACGACAACAAUAAACAAUAUACCGAACGCGACGGUAGCAACUUGUAUUACGCGGUUCUGUUGCGACACAUGAGAAAACAUUUACAAUUACACGACACAACACAUACAUACAUUUACACAUGAAUGGGCGAGUACGUAGCAUAAGACAUAAUUAUCUAGUAGGGUACCUAACGUAACAAUUAAUGUUUCCUUUAAGCAAACAUCAGUAAUUGAAGGAGAUCGACAUGAAAGCGCAUUAAAAUCAAGAACAUACAACAUCUUCUAAUAAAAUAGUUUAUAACAUAAAGUGAUACAACAAAUAAUAAUCUUGUAAGACAAUUAAA